AUGGACGGGGACCCAUACCACCGCUUUGAUGUGACGAAGAACUGCACGAUUGUGGUCGCCAACCCUCUUUAUUUGUCAGUACAGUCGUUGUAUCAUUUAAAGGUUCGCAGUGGACAACGCAACACGAGUGUGAGGGUAGAUUUGACCGAAGUUGAGGGCUAUCCUCCUGUGUAUAACGAAACGUGUGAAACACCAGUCAACCCUAACGAUUUUACGUUGAGACGGAAUGACAGAAACACAUUAGUGAAUGUUGAAUAUCUGAAGAUAGGAUUGCAACCAGUGGGCUGCCCAGUUGGAAAAUAUGGUUUCCGUUGUCAUAAGGACUGCAUCUGUAGGAACGGUGCCCGCUGCCAUGGGUUUAACGGUGCCUGCAAAUGUCCGCCCGGCUGGAAAGGUGUGGCCUGUGACAUCCCCAAAAAGGACGUCAUCUUCACAACGACUCCUACCGACCCUGGUGAUAUCUACACUUCCGCAAAUGUCAUGUUUCAUUGCGCUGACGGCUGGUUCGGAAAAGAUUGUAGCAUACCGUGUCUAAACGGUCACUUUGGUUGGAGAUGUCAGCAAGUUUGUACUUGUAAGAACAACGCCACAUGUCAUAACGUGGACGGCAGCUGCGCAUGUGUGACGCCAUGGACAGGACCGGACUGUGGUCAGUUAUUACAGACAAUCAGAGUCAGAGAUGAACCGCUGCUCGAAAGCCUGGUACCACUGGGCUCCUUAGUCAUACUUGUUGCCAUAGUAGCAGCAAUACUCUACAAAACAGGGAUUCUGGCUUGCUCAGCCCCCGACAGACAUGAGGAGGACAUGAUACUUUUCGAGCUAAGAAAAAUGGAACAGGAUCUAGCACAGAGCCUACAGCCGGGCUGGCUUGGACGCUGGGAGAAGAAGAUCCGCCAUCUUACUCCUGGUCCCCUGAUAGGAGAAGGAAUGUUUGGACAAGUCAGAAGGGCACAACUGAGCACACAUGGAAGACGACUCGACGUCGCUGCAAAGACAGUUCGCGUCGAGGACUCACAGUCCUACCGAGACUUCUAUAGAGAAGCAGCCAUACUGGUAGCUGUGCACCAACAACGAAAUGGCGAUGGUCGCAAGUCCCAUAUCAUUCAACUUGUGGGGCUCAUCACCAAGUCCGUGGAGAAGUACAUUCUCUUGGAAUAUGCCCCCAAAGGUGAUCUUUUGGGUUUCCUACGCCGAAUAGGGAACAUCAAUGAGGAAGACCUACUUGGUAACCUUCUUGGAUACGCAGUACACAUAGCACGAGCUCUACAAGAGCUGGAACGCUUGAGAAUCGCCCAUCGUGACGUGGCCGCUCGCAACGUCCUCAUCACUGCCGAUGACGUGGCCAAGUUGGCUGACUUCGGACUGGCCAGAGAUGUCUACGCCACCACCCAGUAUGUACGAGCCAACCGUCCAGGCGUUGACGAACUCCUUCCGCUGAAGUGGAUGGCGCUGGAGUCCAUCGAGACCGGCGAGUACACCUGUGAGAGUGACGUCUGGUCCUUCGGCGUGCUGCUGUGGGAGAUCGCCACGCUGGGAAAAGAUCCGUGCUACGAUGGCAGGACUCAGCUGAGCUUUCUUCAGAUGGUGGGGAUUCUGAGGCAAGGAAUACGGAUGAAGAGGCCGCCUGGAUGUCCAGAGGACCUGUACCGACUGAUGAGGGCGUGUUGGUGCGACGUUCCAGCUACAAGACCGACUCCAGAAGGGAUGGAAAAGAGACUGAUGCAACAAAGACAGGCACUGCUUCCACACGAAGCCAUUGAAAUGGAGACUUUGGUGUAGACGUUUUUUUGUAGGUGUGAUUUUAGGAAGCUUAACGAUCCUAUGCU